AUGGCCGAAACAUAUACCGUACCGUUCUUCAUCAACGGCGAGGAAGUCGUCACGCCCAAGACCUUCGAUGUCACAUCUCCAAGAACCCAAAAGGUUGUUCACAAGUGCAGCAGCGCUACCGAUACCGAAGUCCAGGCGGCCGUAAACGCCGCGGCAGAAGCUUUCAAGACAUGGAGGAAAUCACACCCCAACCAACGCCGUGACCUGUUUCACAAGGCGGCCGAGAUCUUUGAGAAGAGGAAGGAGGAGUUGGGACAGUACAUGAUGAACGAGACAGGUGCUCCACGCCAAUGGGCCGACUUCAACAUUAACACUGCGAAGGGCUUGUUGUUGGAUGUAGCCGGGAGAUGCAACACGUUGGAAGGGUCGUUCCCCGUAGUCAACGAUCCCGAAUCUGCUGCUCUCGUCUUGCAGGAGCCCUUUGGUGUUAUUCUUGCCGUUGCCCCUUGGAACGCCCCCUACAUCCUCGGUAUCCGCUCGAUCCUCUACCCCAUCGCCGCCGGCAACACGGCCAUUCUCAAGGCCACCGAGCUCUGCCCACGCACCAUGUGGGGUCUCUGCUCCGUCUUCCAAGAAGCCGGCCUCCCCAAGGGCGUCCUCAACAUGCUUGUCCACGAGCCCGCCAACGCGCCCGCCAUCACCAGCUCGCUCAUCUCCAACCCCCUCGUCAAGAAGGUCAACUUCACCGGCAGCACCGCGGUAGGCCGCAUCAUCGGCCGCCUCGCCGGCGAGAACCUGAAGCCGGUCCUUCUCGAGCUCGGCGGCAAAGCCUCGGCCAUCGUCUGGGAGGACGCCGAGCUCGAGAACGCCGCGACCCAGUGUGCCCUGGGAGCCUUCCUCAACUCGGGCCAGAUCUGCAUGGCCACCGAGCGCAUCCUGGUGCACAAGUCGAUCCGCGCCGAAUUUGAGAAGAAGCUCGUCGCCGCCGUCGAGAACAUCUUUGGCCCGCAGACGCCCGCGCCGAUCCUCAUCAACUCCGUCGCCGUCGACAAGAACAAGAAGCUGCUCGCGGACGCCUUAUCCAAGGGCGCCAAGCUUCUCUACGGCAACCCCGACGCGCAAGAAGAAACCAGCACGCGCAUGCGCCCCGUUAUUCUGAGCGGAAUCACCACCGACAUGGAUAUCUACAAGACCGAGAGCUUCGGGCCCACGGUGGCGGUGUACGAGAUCGAGACCGAGGAGGAGGCGCUACGGAUCGCCAACGAUACCGAGUACGGGCUGACCAGUGCUGUGUUUACGGAGGACUUGCGAAGGGGACUGCGCAUGGCCAAGGAGAUCGAGACGGGCGCGGUGCAUAUCAAUAGCAUGACGGUGCAUGAUGAGGCGACGCUGCCGCAUGGUGGUGCCAAGGAGAGCGGGUAUGGCAGGUUUAAUACUGAUAAGGGGCUGGCGGAGUGGGUGAGGAGUAAGACUGUUACUUUUAAGUACUAG